CUGGAAUAGAAAAGAUGAUUUCUUAAACUAUGGCUUUUCCCAUCAUGGAUUACUGUAAUGAGAAAAGAUGUACCCAAUAAUAUGUUCUUUGUACUUCUGAUGUCUUUUCCAAUCCUUCUAAAAUUACUUCAAAUCCAUAUCCCUGGAGUCUAACCUCCUUGCAUGAUUCACCUUGUACCUGCUUACAGACAAAGACUUAAAACCACAAAACCAACAAUUAAAUCAGUGAAGACCUGGACGGAAGAGGCAAAAUUAAAGCUGCAGGCAUGCUUUGACUGCACUGAUUGGAAUAUCUUUGAAGAUACCUCUGCAGACCUGGAUGAACUCACAGAUACUGUAACAUCAUAUGUCAGCUUCUGUGAAGACCUAUGUGUACCUACAAGUAACUUGCGAAUAUAUAGUAACAACAAACCUUGGUUCACACCUAAACUUAAGCAGCUACGACAUUCCAAAGAGGAAGCCUACAGAAAAGGUGAUAAAAUGCUGUACAAUAAGGCCAGAAAUGCACUAACAAGGGAGAUCAGAGCAGCAAAAAGAAGCUACUCUGAAAAGCUAAAGAAUCAGUUUUCAGCAAAUGAACCAGCAAACAUGUGGAAAACUCUUAAAAAUAUCACUGGCUAUGGCAAACCUCCUUCCCAGGCUGAAGGUAAUCAACAACUGGCAGAUGACCUGAAUGAGUUUUACUGCAGGUUUGAAAGGAAACUACAGCCACCUAUCUCCACAACACCCAUCUCAGACACACCAACAACAGCCAAGCCUCCUACAACUGACCCCAUUUCAUUGGGUUCACAACCCCUAGUGAUCACAGAAAAGGAAGUGCAGGACCUAUUUCACAGACAAGAGCCAGGAAAAGCUCCAGGCCCAGACAAGAUAAUCCUUCUUGCUUAAAAGUCUGUGCUGACCAAUUGGCCCCCAUCUUCACCCAUAUUUUCAAUAAAUCACUAGAGAUGUGCUAUGUUCCUUCUUGCUUCAAACGCUCUACCAUCAUCCCAGUGCCAAAGAAGCCCACCAUCAAGGAACUGAAUGACUACAGACCAGUUGCUUUAACAUCUGUAGUCAUGAAAAGCUUUGAAAGACUAGUGCUUUCCUACUUGAAAACCAUCACGG